AUGUCGUUGCUCUUCGAGCUGAAAAAAACCGCCGCCGCGAAUCCAAAGCGCCUCACAUACGACGAGGUCCAAGCCCAGACGUAUCUCGAGGUGAAAGGCAGCGGCACCGCCAACCAGUGCCCGAUCCUGUCCGGUGGCGACGAAGGAUUCAAGUUCAAGCCCGGCAGCUACAGCGUCAAGAAGUUCUGCCUCGAGCCCACGUCCUUCACCGUGAAGAAGGAGUCGCCAUUCAAGGGUGGCGGCGAUCAAUACGUCGACACCAAGCUCAUGACGAGGCUGACAUACACGCUGGACGAGAUCGAGGCCGACUUGAGCGUGGACGAGAAGGGAAACCUCAAGCUGGUGGAGAAGGAUGGCAUCGACUACGCUGCGGUUACCGUCCAGCUCCCCGGAGGCGAGCGAGUUCCAUUCCUCUUCACCAUCAAGGAGCUCGUAGCGACUGGCUCCCCGGAUGGAUUCAGUGGAAGCUUUCUGGUGCCGUCUUACAGAGGCUCCUCGUUUCUAGACCCCAAGGGACGCGGUGGAUCCACCGGGUAUGACAAUGCGGUGGCGUUGCCGGCCGGAGGCGCUGGUGACGAGGAGGAGCUCGGCAAGGAGAACCUCAAAGAUACCUCGGGGUCGACUGGGAACAUCACCUUGAAGGUGGCCGAGAGUAACACCGCCACUGGAGAGAUUGCCGGGGUGUUUGAGAGCAUCCAGCCCUCGGACACGGAUCUGGGAUCCAAGGCUCCCAAGGAAGUGAAGAUCCAAGGUAUAUGGUGCGCGCAACUUGACUAAAGAAAGAGUCACAAAAUCGAGAGGAGAGAUGAUGUCCGGAUGUUUGAUCAGGAAAAAAUCCUUGCAUAAGAAGGCUGUCAUCUUCUCAAACGAGCGAUCUCACAUUGUAAAGUCUCAAAUCCUUUUUAAACUACAAAGCUAUUCCAAGAUUC